AUGGGUAAUUUGUGUCUUAGAAAGAAGGAGAAAUCCUAAUAGCCCUAAGUAUAUAAUUUUUUAACAAAAGUACAACAUUGCUGAUGAAAAUCACAUCACCUAUACUCCUGCCACUUUAGAUGAGUUGGAAAAAAAAAUUAAAAUUGAAUCAUAAGGUAUGUACAAUUACCAUAUUUUAGAUGACAAUAGCUCGGGUAUCUAUAUUAUGUAUUUCUAGAAGCUUUGAUUUUGAAUGUGGACAAUAAAUAAGACUAGUUUUAAUAAGGGAAUAACCAAGCAACAAUUCAAAUUCUUAAUGAUCUAGAUAAGGAUGCCCAAAAACUUAUUAAACAAGGAGAAAUAGCUAAAGCAGAAUUAUCAAAAAUUAAAUAAUAAGUAAUAAUUAUACUAGUUUUAGUAAAUUGAUGAUGCUGUUUUGAAUAUGGAACAACAAACAUUGUAGUAAAAUCUUCUAAACAAAGCUUAAGAAAGUGAUGUAUAAAGAGCAUAGUUUGAAGAAGAAAGAAAUAGAGAACAGUAGGAAGCUUAAAAAAAAAGAGAAAAGUAAUAAUAGGAGGAAAUUAAUAGAAGAGAAAAAGAGGCUGAACUAUUAAAGCAGUAAAAAGAGUAAGAAGCAAGAAUUGCAUAAGAAAAAGAAAAUGAAAAAAGAAGAUAACUUCAAUAAGAGUAGGAAAGAAUAAGAAUUGAGUAAGAGAAUGAAAGACAAAGAUAACUGUAAAUUGAAUAAGAGGCUCAAAAAUUAAGAUUAAAAUAAGAGGAGGAGGAAAGAAUUAGAUAAGAAUAAGAAGCUGAAAGAUUGAGAAUAAAAUAAAAAGAAGAAGAAGAAAGAAUAAGAUAACAGCAAGAGGCUGAAAAAUUAAGAUUAUAAUAAUUAGAGAAGGAGAAAAUUAAAUAAGAGUAAGAAGCUGAAAGACUAAGAUUAAAAUAAGAAGAGGAAGAAAGAAUCAGACAAGAAUAAGAAGCUGAAAGUUUGAGAUAAAAAUAAAAAGAAGAAGAAAGAAUUAAACAAGAAUAAGAAGCCGAAAAAUUGAGAUUAUAGUAAUUAGAAGAAGUUAAAAUUAGAUAAGAACAAGAAGCUGAAAAAUUGAGGCUUUAAAAAUUAGAAGAAGAAAAAAUUAAAUUAGAAUAGGAAGCUGAAAAAUAAAGGCUUUAAUAAUUAGAGGAAGAAAGAAUUANCUAUUUUGAGUUCAUUUGA